GGAGUAGCUGGUGAGUUCGAACCACUGGCCUUUUGGUUAGCAGCCAAGCACUUAACCACUGAGACACUAAGGCUCCUUACCUCUGUGAAUAAACCCACCCGUUGCUGUCGAGUCGGUUCCAACUCAUAGUGACCCUAUAGGACAGAGUAGAACUGCUCCACAGGGUUUCCAAGGAGCACCUGGUGGAUUCAAACUGCUUACCUUUUGGUUAGCAGGUGAACUCUUAACCACUAUGCCACCAGGAUUUACUCUGAGCAUCAGCGAUCUUACCUGCAAGUGUAGGUUCCCUUUUUUUCUAUCUACCUAUGUCAUAGUUUGGGGAGAAUUACGUCAGAAAAUAUUGGGCAUAGGGAUAGAAAUGACCAUGUGUUUGUUAGGACUUUAUAGCUAGAAGUAACAAUGGCAAUCAUUUUUUUAGCCUACCAUCUUAUUUUCCAGAUAAGAAUAAUUAAGGGACUUAACCAAGGUCCUGAGGCUUUUGACAAGUGUGAAGAAUUACAGAAAUGCUGAAAUUUUAUGGAAAUGCCUGUGCCUACGGCACUGGCUCAAGUGGAUAGAGAAAAGAUCUAUCAGUGGAUUAAUGAGCUGUCCAGUCCUGAGACAAGGGAAAAUGCUUUGCUGGAGCUAAGUAAGAAGCGAGAAUCUGUUCCUGACCUUGCACCCAUGCUGUGGCAUUCAUUUGGUACUAUUGCAGCACUUUUACAGGAAAUUGUAAAUAUUUAUCCAUCUAUCAAUCCACCCACCUUGACAGCACACCAGUCAAACAGAGUUUGCAAUGCUCUUGCAUUACUGCAAUGUGUGGCAUCACACCCAGAAACCAGGUCAGCAUUUCUUGCAGCACACAUCCCCCUUUUUUUGUACCCCUUUUUGCACACUGUCAGCAAGACACGUCCCUUUGAGUAUCUUCGGCUCACCAGCCUUGGAGUUAUUGGGGCCUUGGUGAAAACAGAUGAGCAAGAAGUAAUCAACUUUUUAUUGACUACAGAAAUUAUCCCUUUGUGUUUGCGCAUUAUGGAAUCUGGAAGUGAACUUUCUAAAACAGUUGCCACAUUCAUCCUCCAGAAGAUCCUCUUAGAUGACACUGGUUUGGCUUAUAUAUGUCAGACGUAUGAGCGUUUCUCCCAUGUUGCCAUGAUCUUGGGUAAGAUGGUCCUGCAGCUAUCCAAAGAGCCUUCCGCCCGUCUGCUGAAGCAUGUAGUGAGAUGUUACCUUCGACUCUCAGAUAAUCCCAGGGCACGUGAAGCGCUCAGGCAGUGCCUCCCUGACCAGCUGAAGGACACGACCUUUGCCCAGGUGCUAAAAGAUGACACCACCACAAAACGCUGGCUUGCACAACUGGUGAAGAACCUGCAAGAGGGCCAGGUCACCGACCCCCGGGGUAUCCCCCUGCCCCCUCAGUGAUCCUCCCCUGUCCUCUCCCACUGCUCCCCUACAUUGGGGAAGGGAGGGGGAACCUGCGAGGAAAACAGCUCAGGUUUUAUUGUCGACUGGGAAUAGACAACCUCAAUGCUGAACUGCAUGGGAGAAAAGGGGCAAGGGACCCCUGCUGAGGUAUGUGGGCUGCCAUCUUGGGCUGCCUUAAGGACCUGGGAUCCUUCUGCUACUCCCAGGAAAUGGGCUCCUGACAGAGCAGUCAGCCACCAUAGCCCCAGGAGGGUGUCAACACCAGCAAAUGCUGUAUUUUCAGCAUGCCCAAGAUGACCCUCUCCCCCACCUCUACUUAGCCACUGGGAGGGAGGGGAGACCAUGGUGAGAGCAGUAGCACUCUAGGCAUGGUGAACUCCUGGGACCAAGCCAUGUGGCGUUUUCUAUUUUGCCUUCUGGAAGACUCAAGAUGUGUCUCUUCAUUCUCUCUCUCAGUGUUUGUUUACUUGUUUUUUUUGUUUUUAAUCUCAGAGAGAGGUGUGUUUAGUGGACACAAGCUGUAAUAUUCAGCAAAACUUUGUCAAUUGGCACUGUUUACAAGUUUGUUAGCUGCAUAAGCUCAAUAAAAAGUUGGUCUGGGCAUUACAUCCCCUCUGGCAGGCCAAUAGCUGCACUGAGCUGUUGGGAGUAGUGGGAAGCAAGGGAAAGGUAUAAAGCCAAAGGACAGCAGAAACCCACCAUGUAUUUCACUUCCCUUUCCCAUUCUCCUACCCCUUGGAUGUCACAAGGACCUUAACCUUGUUUCUGGCUUUAGCCACUCACUUUCCCCAAAUCUCAGCGCUUUCCCUUUUUCACUCUCCUAAUAAACUUUAAAAUAGACAUCUUAAUUCAUCAGGCUGUCCUGGAAGGGUAUUCUGUUGGGUCGGGGAGACCCCAUCUUCAAUCCAAGUCCUCAAGAAUUUUCUGGAUGACUUUUAAAAAGGGGAUGUUGGGAAUUAAGGUGACUGGCUACUUGAUCCUAUUCUUUGCUUUAGUGUGAAUUUCAGCAGAUCCAGCUGCCUUCUUGAUUGUAUUUGAAGCAGUAUUGGCUGAAUGAGUCCAUUUUAUGCAGAUUUAAGAUGGAGGGUUGAGCUCUGCUUGCUCACUCAGUCUUUUCUUUUGAUACAUUCUCUUUUGGUCUAUGGGAAUUACAGGGUUACUACUAAAAUGUUUUCUAUUUGUUCAUACUGUAUCAGAGAAUUCAGUUCCCUUCCGCCCUCUGGAGCUUUAGAUGACUCUGCUUCCAAUUCACAGGCUUGAAUCUGUAACCUGGUGUAAACUGCCUUGCUUUCCCCCAAUCUUUCCCCUUGCCAGCACCUGCUUUCUCUAGUCCCCAUCUCCAAUCAAAGAUGGGAUUGCUAAUCCAACUCUAGAGAGGGACCAAGUCUUUUCUGUUCAUAUCUCACACAAUUGAAGGUGUCUCUAAAGUUUGGGAAGGGUCUCUAAGGGGCAGACUCAGAGAAACUUGUGCAGAGGCAGUUUUACCAACACAAGGGCUCUUUCAAGCCAACUUUCACAAAGGGAGCCGGCCUUGUUUGUUAGAUUCUGUGUUGUUAGAGCCAAGAAAGUAGUCAUUAAGUAGCCUAGAUGUAGGAAGGGUAGUAUAAGCACUUAUUCCCCUGCCUUCUAAACCGAAGAGAAGAAUCAGGCCAGCUCUCACUAAUCUCAUGCCUGAAGAGGAGAGGUUUUGGAGAAAGCAGAGAACAGCAUGGACUAGAUAGAUGUUUUGACUCCCAUCAGCCCAUAGUCUGUGAUCUGGAGAGUCCACUAGGGUAACCCUGAUUUUUGCCAACCGCCUUCCUGUUGAACCAAAGUUUUCUCAUUUUCCCUCCACUGGGGAAGCAGCUGAGGCCCAGAGCCUCGCUCCCUGGAAAAUUGUCUUCAUCUUUUGGUGCAUUGGCCAUGUUAUUUUGCCAAUAGUGUCUUAAUUCUUGUCCCAUCUUUUCUCCCUCAGCUGGCCUUGACCCCACAUAUGAGUUUGGGGUGGGGAGGACAAUGGAAAUGGGUAUUAUUUCUUGUAGUUGAUCUUGAUGUUGUGUGUGUAUGUGUAUGUAUAAAGAGACCCCUCCCCUCAUUUUGUGUUUUCCACCCCUCUCACUCCCUCAACAGGAUUGAAAUAAAACUUGCUUCUGUUUUUGUAAAAAUAAGUGUUUUUCUUUAAACUGGAGAUUUUAUUCUAUCAAUAUAAAGCUGUCUAGGCACUUUAGUCAGGUAAUCCUUGCCCACCCCUGCCUCUGUCCUCUGUACACAAACACACACACACAAACACACUGCCCCUGCCAAGAGGGCAUUGAUGGUUCCUCUGUGGACAGGUCCCUUGGGAGGAGUCCAACUGAUGUGUGAAGUCUGUUUGGGAGACUGGGAUAGUGCCCCUUACCUGAUAAAGUAUCUCUCACUGGACAAAACCUCACUCCUGCCUAUAGUAGCCAGAACUUGGUACCAGUGUGGGAGAGACUUCUAUAAGUAGAAAGAUAAUGCUUGAGACAUUUUAUCAUAGACUUUAAUUUUCACCUCUUUCUAGGGCGUAGCACUCAGAGCACAUCUCCAGAGCUGUUUCCAUUCUUGCUCCUGGGAAGGCUGCCUGGCUUUUAGUGAGAUGCAGCUAACCCCUGCUUCUAGCUUAUAUUUUUCAGGGCUCUAGAGGGCCUAUGAUUGUUUCAGUGGUGGAAGACGACAAGGGGAGGCAUCAGCCUUCAGCGCAUACCUGCCUUAUCUAUACAUAUGUCUCUCCUGCUCACUAUCCUGCUGGGAAAGGGGGAUAUACAAAGUUGUUGCUACCAAAAACCCAAGGAAAACAUUUGGAAUAGGAAACCAAAAAUAAAACGAGACUUUACUUUCCUGAUACAUUGUCAAAUUUAAUUUAAAAAUAUAUAUUUUUUAACACAUUUAUUUCAAUAGCAGAUAUAACAAGCUGACAAUUUGAAUAACAAACAGCCUAAUUGAAUACAUAGAACACUGCACUCUUAAAUCAACAGUAUGCAUACUUUUUUUUAAUUGUACAUGAAGCAUUUACGAGAAUUGAUCAUAGCUGGCCAUCAAGCAAGCCUUGAGAAAUUUCAAGAACAUUACAAUAAUAGAAUGUCUGCCCAUAGUGGAAUUAAGCCAGGAAAAAGAAAAUCGUAAAGUUCCUAAUUGUUUGAAACUUAAGCUAUACAGUCUAAAUAACCCAUGAGGCAAAGAGGGAAUCACAAAGGAAAUUAGAAAAUAUUUUGAAUUGGAUGAUAAUGAAGAUAUGCCAUAUCAAAACCUGGGGUAUACAUCUAAAGCAAUGCUUAAAAAGGUCUAUAACCUUAAAUUUACGCAUUACAAAAGAAGAAGGGCUGUUAGUGCUCUUAAGUUUUCAUGUCAAGAAACUGGAAAAGAAUAGCAAAUUUAAAAAGUGGAAGAAUACCAAAAGAAAAAAAUCUAAAAAUGGAAAACAAAUUACAAUAAAGACAAAAGGCAUCUCCUUGAAAACAUAAAAUUGAUAAACCCUAGUAAGACCGAUAAAUCAACAACCUUAUGAACAGAAAAAGGGACAUCAUUCAUAUCUUACAAUUAACAAUCUCACAAACUUCCAGAGGAUAGAAAAAAGAAAACUCUCAACUCACUUUUGGAGCAGCAUAACCCUGCCACCGAAACCUGUCAGGGGUAUCACAAGAAAGAAAAACCAGGGCCGUCUUCUCCCGUGAAUAUAGACAUAAAAUCCCCAAACAAAACAAGCAAAUCAAAUCUAGCAAUAUAUAAAAAUGAUACUGCAUCAGAUGUAACCUGGGUUUUUUGCAAAAAUACAAGUUUGAUACUUGACAACCAGUCAAUCCAAUUAACAUAAAAGGAGAAAAAUCACAAUCACUAGAUAGAUGUAAAACACUACAAAAUUCAACACCUGUUCAUUUAAAACAAAAAACUCUUAUUAGAGAACCAAGAAUAGAAGGACAUGUCUCUAAUAAAAAGAAUCAGCAAGAAACCUACUGUAAGCUUUUCAAUGAUGAAAUAUUGAAAUCUCCAUGAGAUAAGGAUGUCCACUAUCACUUCCAUUUACCAUCAUACUGGUCCCAGCCAGUGUGAUAAACCAAGAAAAUAAAAGGCAAAGGAUUAUAAAGGGAUAAAUAAAAUUCUUUGCUUACAACAUGAUUGUGCACAUCAUAGAUAAUCCAAAAGAGUCUACAACCCUUAGAAUUACUAAGUGAAUUUAGAGAGAUCACAGAAUACAGUCAAUAUACAAAAAAUCAAUUGUGUUUCUUGUAUAUACCUACGAUAAAACAAAAUGAAAUUUUAAAAAUAGAUUGUUUAUAAUAUCAUGAGAAAUCAAGUGCCUAGAAACGGGUACUCAUACAUCAAAAGAUGUACAGAACCUUUUCACUGAAAACUAUGAAACAUUCUUGAGAGGAAUUAACUAUAUAAAUGGAAGGAUAUAUCAUCUCCGUGGAUUGGAAAACAAUAUUGUAAGGAUGCCAAUUCUCUCAAAUUAAUCUGCAAAUUAGACCCAAUUCUAAGUGAAAUCCCAGCAGAUUUAUUUUUGUGAAAAUUGACAACCUGAUUCUAAAAAUUGUAUGGAAAUGUAAAGUGCCAAAACAGCCAAGGCAAUCUUGAAUAAGAGCAAAAACGCAGUUCUUCCUUUCCCAGAUAUCUUCCUUUAACUCUCAAUCUUUUAGUAACAUCUUUUUGUAGACACGACUCUUCUAAAUAUCAUAUAGUUAUGUUUUGUUUUAUGACUCUUUCUGCAAGUUUUGUGUCAAUAUGAAAUAUUAACAUAAUUUGUAUUUUUUAUUCUAACAUCAUUUUGUUCUCUGGGUUUAUUUUAUACUUCUUGGUUGCCCCUCCUUGGUUUUUUGUUUUGUUUUUAUUUUCUGGGAUGGGGACUGUAUAUUGUCUGGUGUUUUGAAGUUAUGUAUCCUGGCUUUUAUAGGUGGUUAGAUUGAUGAUUUUUAAAUGGAAUUUAAUAUUUUGAGUUGCUUUUUUGACUAUCAAGACAAUGGGCUUUAUUUCAGAAAUUGAGCCAUUUGGCUGCAUAGGCUGGGGGAGCUGGCCUCUGACUUCCCAGCCUGACUGUCCUGAGAAGCAGAAAUGUUGAGGUGCAGUGACAUCUACCUUGGGUGUCAGGACAAGUCUGCGCUUGCUUGAGUGGCAGGAUGAGAGUACAGUGUUCAGGGCUCCCUCUUUGCCAGCUACCCCUUCAUUUCAAUUUAGGGCUUCUAGGCCUUUCCUGGGCAUGGUUCCCAGAAAGUCCCUUUGCUACUGCUGCUCUGAUCAGGUUUCUGGAUCUGUUAAUAAUAGAAAACAGUGGGGGAAGGGCCGGAAUUGUGGAAAUAGGAACAACCAAAGCAGAUGGACAGUUCCUGUGCCUGGGACCCCAUCUGUCUGCUCCCUCCCUGGAUCUAAUGAGUGCCCUACGGCAGCGUGCUGCUAAGCCACCCUUUGGAGUCAUACUAAUCUUGUGAAGACCUCCAAGUGCCCAUCCAAACAUCAAAACACACGGCCUGGGGGUCCUGGUGUAUUUAUGGGAACACUGAAACAGUAUUUGAAACCUGGGCUCUCCCAGAAAAUCCAGGAUGUGUGAUAAUACCACUCACAGGAUACCCAGAAGAGAAGGAGUUUGGGAAACAUAGAGCUGAAGCAAACGACUCAGAAAGAGGCAACCUCAGAAAGAGGCAACCGUAUAUAGCCCUGGAUAUGGAAGAGCAGUAGGGAAUGUGAAGGUGAAGCAUGGAAAAAUAAGGAGGUGGUGAUGUUGGAGGAGUAGAAAUGGGAGGACAAUUAGGGCCUCCAUCUUCUGCCUCCACUCUUCCUCUGUCAAAACUUGGUCUCAGUAAAGAGUAUGGUAUACUCAACCUGGGUAUAAAUUGUGAGAGAUCAAUAAGGCUUCAGAAAUUACCAGUUGCAAAAAGUUUAAACCCUUUUGUAAAAUGUAACACAGAUCUAGAAAACUACAUAAAGAAAAUGUAUAGCUUAAUAAAUUAUUAUAAAGCAAAGAUCCUUGUUAGCGUCUAGGAUUAGAAAUAGAGCUUGGCCAGCUACGUGCCUCAUCCCAUUACAACCCCUCCCUUCUCCCAAAAGUAACCACUAUUCUGACUUUUAUGAUAUUCACUCAGGAGGAUUGUAUUUUAAUGGGACUAAAGGUUUAGCUAUAAAUAAUCACUAAUGGUAGAAUAUUAGGCAGUUGAAGGGUAUUUGGAGCCAUGAGAGGCAGCUAGAUCUCAGGACACUUAAAAUUAUAGCAUUUCGUACAGUUAGUUCCCUCUGUGCCUAUGAUUAAGAUACAUACACUUCACUGGAAAAGGAUCCCACAGAAGUCGAAGUAGAGACAGGACUGUGCCCUACGCCCUCAGCUGCCUUAUUGUCAUCCACUGGUCCAGAAAGAACCAUGCCCCACAAUCUUCCCAAGGCAGAGCAAAAGUAGGUCCCAGCUCACAGUGCUUGGGAGUAUGAAAGGGGGUAGUUGUCUCUGCUGCUGACAGCUGACACAUAUGAGUCCAGGACAGCACCUCAAUUUCCUUGGGCCUCAGUUUCUCACUGAGUUAUGGGGUCAUAAUAAAGCCCUUUAAAAUUCCCUUUCCUCAAUUUUGCUUCCUGUUUCAGCUGCCUGUUCAUUCACCCUUGUAAGGAGCUCAUUACUUUCCUUUGCAGAUUGGACAUUUUUCUAGCUCCUCUCUUUGCUCUCAAUUCUUCCACUCCACGAGUUUGCUUCAUCUCUCUGCACAUUUAUAAACAUGCAUGUAGGUCCUGGCACACUGGAGGUGCUAACAAAUGUAUACAUAGAUAACUAACCAGCCCUCUAUACUCUAAUAAAUCAUUCCUCUUCUCCCGUUCUCCUAAUCUUCCUCCUUUUCCAUCCUAUUCCUUGCUUCCUUUCCUGGUGCCACAGAGCUAGAUUGAGUGCCCUGCAAAGCAGGAGGCAGAGACACAGGAGCACAGGCCCGUGGAAACAGAUGCCAUGGAAGGAAGGCAGAUGAAAUAAGGACAAAGACAGUCAUAUCACAUGCAGAGAGAGACCGACCAGAAUGAGAAGUGGUGAUUCACGGAGCACAGCAACUCAGAUAUUCCUUGGGUUUCACUUUGAGAGCUACUGCGAGAUU